AUGCUGCGUUCCAACGGCGUCUUCUGCCCAAGCCAGCAGCCCAAGUCGCAGCCCAAGCCAGCAGCCCAAGUCGCAGCCAAAGUAUUCUUUUACCUGACGUUGCCACUUACGUACUUAUCGCAACGUCAGAACUACUGGACGCCGGUGGACUCGCAUGUCCUGCUGGGAGCAGCGUCCACAGCUUUUGUGCCUCAUGUUGACGCUCCAGUAGCUUGUGGGGUUGGUGCAGUUGUCAAUCGAUGUGAUGAGUACGCAUGCCCUACGAACCAGUACAAGAGACACCACAUCCAGCAGCUUCAACUGCCGACGGUUGACCACUUUUGGCCGUCACUUGAGGCAUUAACAGCAGCCGUUGCGUUCAUCCAGAUGCAGAAACAACGGGAGUCAGGACGUACGUUCACUGCAAAGGAGGCACGGGACGCAGUGUGGCGGUGA